CUUCUCAGUGCUUGCUGAAAAAGACUCUGGUUCUUUUAUACCUUUAAAAGGGACUACAAGACUAUCCUCCUCAGCAGGAUUUAAGAUUUUCCUGGACGCUUCUCCCCCUGCCCUCCCAAGAUGAUCGACCUAAGCUUCCUAACGGAGGAAGAGCAAGAGGCCAUAAUGAAGGUGCUUCAACGGGAUGCAGAGCUUAAAAGAGCUGAAGAGGAGAGAGUCAGACAUUUACCAGAAAAAAUCAAAGAUGAUGUCCAGCUGAAGAACAUGAGUGGACAGUGGUUUUAUGAAGCAAAGUCAAAGAGACACAGAGACAAGAUACACGGAGCAGAUAUUAUCAGAGCUUCCAUGCGAAGGAAGCCUGCCACAAUUGCUGAAGUGAGUCAGAACAAAUCAAACAAAGCAAAGAACAGCUGGGUGAGCAAUGUCAACAAAGAAGUCUUUGUACAACCAAAACUGUAUGAUGUUGUGGAACAUCAGGAAGAAGAAGUGAAAUCUAGUUCAAGUUCUAAAAUAACAGCCUCUGUGUUGGACAAACCACAGGAACAAUCUGGGAAGGCAGCAGUCUCGCCAGUAAAGCAAAGGAGAAAUCCAUUUAAUUCCACUUCAUUGGGUGAGAACCCAAACAGCGGAGAAUCAGAAAAUGGACCAGUCAGCCUACUUCAGUUGUCAAAGAAGGAAAUUUUGUCACCUUCAAAAGAGAAUCAACCUAAAGCAAACUUACUAAACAACGAAAUGGAGAAGUCUAAGAAGUCUUGUGUAGAACCUACUAAUCAAUCACAGAGAAGUCCAGUUAAGCCUCCUGUCCCAAAAGCUAGAAAAUUAAUUCAGAAAGCAGCAGAUCCGAUGUCACAAAAGGAACAUGUUCCAGAACCAGCUAAAAGGACUGGCAGGGUUAAUGGUACACCAGCUAGGGGUAUUUUGAAGCGCAGUUCAAGUUCCAGUUCCACAGAUUCUGAAGUUCUUCGUGUUAAUCAGAUGUUUGAUGCUCAGACUAAGAGUGGUCUUCCAACUUCCACUAUUUUUGAAGGAGAAGCUGAGAAGAGCUCUCCUAUGGAAGUGGAAGAUUCUUCACAAGCUUCACUGGAAAGGCUAAAACAAGUCAGGUUCUCUUCUAGCAUAGCUAAAGGAGAACCUCCACACAGCCCACAGCUGCAUCAUGGCAGAGAAAUAGGGGAGUUUGAUUUAUUAGAAACUGAUGAAAUGAAAGGUAGUGAAAAUGAUGUUAUCCAAUCAGAUUCACUUGAGAAAAAACAAAUUUCUGCUGUAAAACCAUUGGGCACUUAUUCAUCAGCUUUACAAGUAAAUGAAAUAGAUGGCUCACAAGAAGAUACCUCAGUAUCCAGUCCUCCUGACAGUAAUAGGUCAGUCUUCCUGGCUAGUGAAACCUUGCAGACAAAGAUACUUCCUUCUAAGAAACCUGAAACUCCAGAGAAGCCUUCCAGCACUGUUCUGCCAAAUAGCAACAAAGAACUGAUCGUUGAUGAGAUGCCUGAAAACAAAUCAAAGCCAUUGUUAAGCAAUGAACCAAAGGCACUAAAAAACUUCCCUGACCGACAUCUGCUUUCUGCUAAGACAGAAGCACGUGAGGUGUCAAAUACUAAUUCUGCAGGUCUUGAGCAAGGUUCGGAAGAAUUAAACCCUGUUUUGAUGGCUUUGAAAAGGAGUGCAGAUAGGAAAGUGCCUUCCAAAAGUCUAGAGGACAUUCCAUCAGCCACCUCAAAUAAAGGAAAAAUAAAUAUUCCAAAGGAAGAAUUAGCUCUUAGUGCUGAAGAUGAUCUGAAACCUGAUCAGCCUGGAGAGAGGAACGGAAAUGCAGCAGGAAUUUCCACAGUGCCUCCAGAACCCAAUAAACUGUUUUCGCAUCCUGAAAAACUCAAAGGACUGAGCAAGUCAGUACCAUCAUUCCUACAGGACGAGAGUGAUGACAGAGAGACAGAUACAGCAUCAGAAGGCAGUUAUUCCUUUGGCAGAAUCAAGAAGAGUCCCAGCUCUCUAACCAAUCUUAGCAGCUCUUCUGGCAUGGCCUCCUUAUCCUCUGUGAGCGGAAGCCUAAUGAGCAUCUAUAGUGGAGAUUUUGGCAAUGUUGAUGUGAAGGGGAACAUCCAGUUUGCUAUUGAUUAUGUAGAGCAGUUGAAGGAGCUCCACAUUUUUAUCUGCCAGUGUAAAGACUUGGCAGUGGCAGAUGUUAAGCAACAGCGUUCAGACCCGUAUGUAAAGACUUACCUGCUUCCAGAAAAAUACAAGCUGGGCAAACGGAAGACCUCUGUGAAAAAGAAAACUUUAAAUCCAGUCUACAAUGAAAUUUUGCGGUAUAAAAUCGAGAAGUCGCUCCUAAAGAACCAGAGGCUGAAUAUCUCUGUCUGGCACAAUGAUACCUUUGGGAGGAACAGUUUCCUUGGUGAAGUGGAGCUAGAUUUGGGAAUGUGGGACUGGAAUGACAAAAUAAACAAGCAGAUCAACUGGUUUCCACUUAAGCCAAGGGCUUCAACAAUGGCUCUUGAAGUAGAAAACAGAGGGCAAAUGAAAAUAGCCCUCCAGUACGUACCACGGCCUGUUGGAGGAAAAAAGAUUCCAACCACUGGKGAGGUCCACAUUUGGGUGAAGGAAUGCCAUGACCUUCCUCUUCAGAGGGGCAACAGGCUCAACUCUUUUAUUAAGUGUACCAUUCUUCCAGAUACGAGCAGGAAAAGUCGUCAGAAAACAAGAACAGUGGCAAAAACUACAAACCCGGUGUUCAACCACACCAUGGUCUACGAUGGCUUUAGACCAGAAGACUUGAAAGAAGCCUGCAUAGAACUCACGGUCUGGGAUCACCACAAACUAGCCAACCAUUUUUUGGGAGGUCUCAGGAUAGGCCUUGGAACAGGUAAAAGCUAUGGAACUACAGUCGACUGGAUGGAUUCAACUUCAGCUGAAACUGCCCUGUGGGAGAAGAUGAUGAACUCGCCAAACACAUGGGUAGAAGAUACACUACCUCUCAGGAUGCUAAUGGUUGCAAAAUUGACAAAAUAAAGUGACU